AUGCUGCUGCACGACCGACCAAGUUCAGUCAAAGCUACUCCGUACUUUAAUAUUACCAAACAAGACCACCCCGGCGAAGAUAUCUCAUCUCUAGCAAAACGUGCCAUGUCUUCGUCGCACGCUACCCUCGAUGCUGCCGCAGUGAAUCGGAAAACACGCCUGGCAAAGCUCGCUGCACUAAAGAGAAAACAACCAGAACCAGACUCGGCAGAGCUCAAGGGCGAUGAUUCGCAUAACAAACCAUCUGACGCAGCCGCACAAUACCUUUCUGGAAGAAACUAUGACCGAGAGACGCGGGGUCCCAAGCUGGGGUUUGAACAUACACCAACAGACGGACAAAGCACACUGGAGGAACAAGCAGCGAAGAUUGCGAUAUCCACUGCCCAAACCGCAAAGGAGGACGAGGAAGUGGAUAAACCAAUCGAUCUGUUCAAAUUACAACCCAAGAAACCAAAUUGGGACCUAAAGCGAGAUUUAGACGCUAAAUUGAGGACUCUUAAUGUCAGAACUGACAAUGCGAUUGCGCGACUGGUAAGGGAGCGGAUACAAAGCGCCCAAAAAGCUGCAAAGGAAAAGACCCAACAAGAUAAUGUGGAUGGGGAAGAAAUCGGCAUGGAAGGCGAAGCGCUGGUGGAAGGGAUGCAUAUUCGCGAACGAGAGGAACAGGAGGAUGAAAGAAGGGAAAAGGAAGAAGAAAACUGGAGCUAA